AUGGGAGUGACUACAUCCCCAUCAGCUUUAGCUGAGCGGCAGCCUAACUCACAACUGAAGAAACUGAUAACCACCACCACCACUUCCACUCUUUCUCGCCCCAAAAAAAUGCAAUCCUCUCCGGCGCCGCCGUUUGCCGCCCCCUCCCCCGCCGCCGUCGCCCUCAAAGACUCCAAAACCACUCUCUCCAUCAUCCUCGCCACCGCCCUCUUCUCCCUUAUCUUCUUCCUCUCCAUCUCCUCCUCCGCCCACUUCUCCUCUGCCGCCCUCCCACGCCGCCCCAAACCCGACCCUUUCCUCUUCCCCACCCGCCAGGCCCAUCGGACUGUCUUCCAUAGCAGCAAUGCUUCUUCCGAUCCCACUCCCCCUUCUAUCGCUUAUCUCAUUUCCGGAUCCAAUGGCGAUUUCGAUCGGAUUCUUCGCCUUCUUCUCGCCGUUUAUCAUCCUAGGAACCACUAUCUUCUUCACCUUGAUCUCUCCGCUCCUCAAACGGAGCGCGAUUCUCUUUCCCUCGCCGUCGAAUCUGUUCCCAUUUUCAGAGCUGCUCAGAAUGUCGAUGUAAUUGGUAAGGCUGAUUUUGUGUAUCUCAAAGGCUCCUCCGCAAUUUCUUCGACGCUUCACGGUGCUUCGCUGCUCCUCCACUUGUCGCCGAAUUGGGAUUGGUUUAUUCGUCUCUCCGCCGAUGAUUACCCACUUGUCACGCAAGACGAUCUUCUUCACAUUCUGUCAUUUCUGCCUAAGGAUAUGAACUUCGUAACGCAUUCGAGUUACAUUGGGUGGAGAGAGGCUAGGAAAUUGAAGCCAAUAAUUGUUGAUCCUGGGCUUUAUCUUUCUGAGAAAACUGCCAUGUUCUAUGCCACCCAGAAGAGGGAAUUGCCUAAUGCGUUUCACUUGUUUUCAGGUUCAUCUAUUUCUAUUUUAAGUCGAAAUGUUGUCGAGUUCUGCAUUCUUGGAACGGAUAAUCUUCCAAGAACUCUAUUGAUGUACUUCUCGAAUACUCAAUCUGGCCACUUGAACUAUUUUCCAACUGUCCUCUGUAAUUCUCGUCAGUUCAACAAGACAGUCCUUAAUGAUAAUUUACUAUUUGCCAUAUUUGAUAAGCCACCUAAAGAACAACCCCAAGUCCUCGGCCCCUCUGAUUUUGAUCUCAUGAUUGAGAGUGGAGCAGCCUUCGCCACAAGAUUUAAGUUGAACGACCCAGUCCUCAAUCGUAUUGAUAAUGAGAUCUUGAAUCGUGGCCCCGGACAUACUGUGCCUGGUGGGUGGUGCUUGGGGGAGCUUGGAAAUGAUACAUGUUUGGUCUGGGGAGAUGCAGAUGUAAUUAGGCCAGGUUUAGGAGCAAGAAGACUUGAAAAACGAAUUGUUGGAUUGCUUUCAAAUGGUACGUUUAGAUUGAACAGGUGUGUAGUUGUUGAAUGAUUCUUAACAAUUGAACAUCCCCAAAAGAAAACAGAAGGGAAAAAAUGGCUGCAAAUCGAGGUAGUGGAAUUUGUCAUCUUGAUUGAUUCUUUAGCCUUCAGCAAGCUUUUAGGUCAUUUAGUUGUUAACAUCAAGCGGACGGGUAUGUAUAUAUAUAGAUAUAUAUAUUUGAGUUCAACUAACAUGUGAAAUAUUGUAACUUU